AUGUGUCUCUCCAUCUCCUCUCUACCUCCUUCACGUCUCCUCUCUCCCCCACCUGACCUCUCUCCCUCCCUUCACCUUGCUCUCCUCCUCCUUCAACUCCCUCCCUUCUCUCUCUCCCCCCCACACUUAUCAUGUGUCUCUCCAUCGCCUCUCUACCUCCCUCACGUCUCCUCUCUCCCCCACCUGACCUCUCUCCCUCCCUCACCUUGCUCUCCUCCUCCUUCAACUCUCCCUUCUCCUCUCCCCCCCACACUUAUAUGUGUCUCUCCAUCGCCUCUCUACCUCCCUCACGUCUCCUCUCUCCCCCACCUGAGCUCUCUCCCUCCCUCACCUCGCUCUCCUCCUCCUUCAACUCUCCCUUCUCCUCUCUCCCCCCACACUUAUCAUGUGUCCCUCCAUCGCCUCUCUACCUCCCUCCCUUCUCCUCUCUCCCCCACACUUAUCAUGUGUCUCUCCAUCUCCUCUCUACCUCCUUCACGUCUCCUCUCUCCCCCACCUGACCUCUCUCCCUCCCUCACCUUGCUCUCCUCCUCCUUCAACUCUCCCUUCUCCUCUCUCCCCCCCACACUUAUCAUGUGUCUCUCCAUCGCCUCUCUACCUCCCUCACGUCUCCUCUCUCCCCCACUUGACCUCUCUCCCUCCCUCACCUUGCUCUCCUCCUCCUUCAACUCUCCCUUCUCCUCUCUCCCCCCCACACUUAUGUGUCUCUCCAUCGCCUCUCUACCUCCCUCACGUCUCCUCUCUCCCCCACUUGACCUCUCUCCCUCCCUCACCUUGCUCUCCUCCUCCUUCAACUCUCCCUUCUCCUCUCUCCCCCCCACACUUAUCAUGUGUCUCUCCAUCACCUCUCUACCUCCUUCACGUCUCCUCUCUCCCCCACCUGACCUCUCUCCCUCCCUCACCUCGCUCUCCUCCUCCUUCAACUCUCCCUUCUCCUCUCUCCCCCCACACUUAUCAUGUGUCCCUCCAUCGCCUCUCUACCUCCCUCCCUUCUCCUCUCUCCCCCACACUUAUGUGUCUCUCCAUCGCCUCUCUACCUCCCUCACGUCUCCUCUCUCCCCCACUUGA